CUGUGACGUGUGUGCACCGCGGAAGAGAGAGAGGUCCAGCGGUGAGAUGGAGGAGAAUCUCACAUGAGUUAUUAAUCAUCAAAGUUUAAUGAAAUAAUCGGAUGAUCAGAUGUAAUCUCUACCAGGAUGCCGCUGUGGACUCAGAAUAAGCGAGUAGAGCGCGUGAACUCAACCGCAGAACUCUUCAGCAAAUACCCGCAUCUGAAGGAAAGUGCGCAGGAGUUUGUGUGCCGAAGCCCGGAGCCCGUGGACCCUGAGCAGCUCCUGUACGUCCAGCAGAGAGAGUUUGCGUCCACGACUCCAGCGGACAAUUCGGUCUCCAUCCUGGGCUCUGAUGAUGCCACGACAUGCCAUUUAGUCGUUCUCCGACACACAGGCAGCGGAGCGACUUGCCUUGCACACUGUGAUGGGUCCAGCACAUGGACUGAAGUUCCUCUGAUAGUCAAUGCCGUCACUUCUAAAAGCAACCCGGAUAAAGACGGCAGACUGGAGCUGCAUCUUGUCGGGGGUUUCGAUGACGACAAGAAGACCUCUCACUCGCUCAGCCUUAGUAUUCUGGCUGCCUUUCAGAAGCAGAAGGAAGACGUUCACCUGGAGACGUGCUGCAUCACAGACAUGAACGACGCGGUCCGAGACGGGGUUCAUCGGCCAGUGGUGUACGGGAUCGGGGUGAACGUUAAGACCGGUCACGUGUUUCCAGCCUCGUUUGCGUGUCGAGGGCCGGCGGAGGAGCUCAGGUCCGCUCGCAGCUUCUCUGGAGGACCGAUGGUUGACGUGUAUGACUCCAGCCGAGAACUCGUGAGGAUCGGCCCGUGCCGAUGGACGCCGAACGAAGACAUGGGCUUCUGGCUUUCUCAAGAUGAUGAAACCAUCCUCCAGUUUUUGUCCACGUCUCCGCGAGCAGAACCUCCUCACUUCAUCCAGCACAUCAAAUCCACCAUCCGGUUCCUCCUGGACCAUCCCAGCGCAGACGAGCUGUUCCCCGGCGGACAGGCUCAGCUCUACCGCCGCUCGCAGGAGGGGGGGUGGGCGAGAGUCUGACCUUUGACCUCUGAGGAAGGGGUGAGAGUCUGACCUUUGACCUCUGAGGAUGGAGUGAGAGUCUGACCUUUGACCUUUGGGGAUGGGUGAGGGUCUGACCUUUGACCUCUGAGGAUGGGGUGAGAGUCUGAACUUUGGGGAUGGGUGAGAGUCUGACCUUUGACCUCUGAGGAUGGGGUGAGGGUCUAACCUUUGACCUCUGAGGAUGGGGUGAGAGUCUGACCUUUGACCUCUGAGGAUAGGGUGAGAGUCUGACCUUUGACCUCUGAGGAUAGGGUAAGAGUCUGACCUUUAACCCACUGAAACCCAGCCAAAGGCCUUUGAGUGUUCCAGCAGAAGCUCGUUCACACUGAUCUGAAAGCUGCCGUUUAUCUGAAGAAGGUUUACUAAUGCGCGUUUUUCAAAGACGGCCCUUAAAUCGAGACAAGAGCCUGUUAACUCUUUUAUUUCUAUUUUAUUUCAUGUGUGCACAUGCAGCAUAAGACAUGUGCUUUAUUUUAAACUGAUAUGAUGUCAUGUUGUUUUAUUCCUUAUAUCCAGCUUGGUCUCAUUUGCUCUUUAUGAAUUCAUUUUGGAAACUGUACUGUGUGUGUGUGUGUGUGUGUGUGUGUGUGUGUGUGUGUGUGUGUGUGUGUGAGACUUUUGUUGAGAAAUAAGAGAAUUCCGUUACCAGAGGAAACAUGGUGUUUUGUAUAUAUCCAGUCCUUUAUGUAAUAACAAUGGAAAUGUUCAAUAUAUUCAUCUUUAGGAAGAAAAAGAGAAUGAAAUGAGGGAAUCUGUUUAUUGACUGAUAGGUGAUGAAAUGUUUGUCCAAUAUUAAAAAUACUAAUGUACAACAUAUCUGUAUCCAAAAUGCAUGAUUGGCUGUUUAACUUUAAACAAUGAAAGCAAUUUUUAUAUAUAUUUGAAAAUAAUUAACUCAUUGUUUUAGGCAACAUGAAUAUUAUACUUCAUGUAUUAUAAAAUGUUACAUGUAAAAAUAUAAUUUAUAAUGGUAACACUUUAGGGUAGAGAAGUGUCCUACAAAAUACCAAUAUUUCAUUACAAAAAAUUAAUAAACAAAAUUCUCCAUGCACCUUUAUGGCCAAGUUAAUAAUUAAUUUACGUGGAUAAAGUAUUGCUCAAAGUUCGUUAAUAAACAUAUUUUACACGGAAAUAAAGCUAUAGACUACAGAAGAACGACCAAGACGAGGUAUGCGGAUGAAAUAUUAUAUUUUGCUUCUUGUUCGAUAUGUUUUCUGUGUUUAAAAAAAAUUUCCAAAAAGUGUAUUUGGUUGCUGCAUAAGCUUUUGUUCAGCAUAGAUUCACUUUUGCAUCUUUCCUACACAUUUUUUUGUCAUAUAAUGAUAAUGGGGGAAAAUAUUUAAUGAAAUUAGUGUUAAUAUGUGUUAGUGUGACAUGAAAUGGCUGUGUAUUAAGUUCAGUUUUCUUGUUAUCAAUUUCAUGAAGAGCUAAAACCUCUUCACACACUGACAUCAUGGGUGCUGCACCUUCUAAAGAGAACGAACCGAUUGAGAAAAAGGAAAAACCAUUUUGUGAAAGUGAGGUCUUUUCGCAGAACAAUAUUCAUAACUUGGGAAAUGACAGAGAAGAGAAGACGCAGAGAGUUUGCAUUGAACUCCACAGAUGUGUGCUGAUGUUGAUGGUUGUGGUUGGGGCUCUUAUCGGCUCAGUUGUUGGAGCUCAAGCUGGAGUUUCGGGAUCUUGCAAGGGAAUGAUCUCCGGAGUUCUUGUAGGGAUUAUACUUUCAAAAUUGAUGUCAAUAACUCAUGGCAACAUAUGAUUUUACACUACUUUUACUCUUAAAAUAAGCAGUUUCAAGGUCUUAUAGGCACACUGUUAACAAACAUUUUCAUGAUUUGUUAUCACAACUUUUUUUCUUUAAUAAUUAAUAUGGUUUACUGUAGAUAACAUCAUAUUUUGAAUCCCAUUGUAUUAACUAUAAAUUAUGAGGCAACCAGGUCAUUUACUUUUUUAAGUUAAAAAAACAACAUUUUCUUACUAGCCAAGUUAGCUGUACUUAACAAUGUAAGGCAGCAACUGAACUUACGUUUAUUUUUUACACUGUGUACACACUGUGUACGCUUUUAUCUAACCUUAAGCAAAACAUUUACACCGUACGCUAGAAAGUUGAUCAGAUACAGGCUGGUACAGACAUUAGCGCGGACAGUCCAGAAUAGUAUUUUAUAAUGUUAUUAAAGGAGUAGUUCCCUUU